AUGAGCUCUCUUCUCAAUCCGAUUCACAGUGCGAGCCAAAAAUGCCGGCCCAAGCAUCAAGUCCUGGUCCUGAAAUGCUAUCCCAAAUACCAGAAAACCGUGCAGGAGGUCAAGCCAAACCCCUCCGAGUUGAGUUAUCUGCUGUAUUACGCCAGCACACGACGCCACAAGCUACAGAAAGUUGGCGCAUUUCUCGAAAAGAAGAAUGCCGGUGAUAUCUGGAAAGGACGACUCGGAAACGUCCAGGUCACCCUUCAGAUCCUCACUGCCAUUAUCGAAAAGGACCCCCAUGAUCUCUCCCUUUACUCGCGAUCUGUCCUGACAAUCCUCUGCUCGGUCUUACGCUCCAAAGAUGUAAACAUGGUGGAAGAGUCGAUUCCGACAUUUGAAGCAUACUGUAAAUACGUGGACGCCGCAUCACUUACGACGGACCAGCAACGUGCCGAACAAUACUUGUCCAUCGUACAGCACUACGCCGGGUUCGCCGCCAAGAAAAAGCCCGCCGACAAGAAGAAUGGUGAUUCCAUCCCACUUUCACUCCGAUGGCGGACCAUCGGUCUGCGUGCCAUCCGAGCAGCGGUAGCCUCCGAGGCCCUGGCAACAAAUUCUGGCCCACAGCUUAACAUUGUCAUGCCCGUGAUCUUUGAAAACUUGUCAUUGGAAGAGGAGAAUGUCUUGGCCACCUUGCAGCAGCGAGCAAAAUCCAGCGAGAAAAUGGACGACGAGAUUGCCCGGAGGCGGCGAGUGAGCAUAGCAACCGUCACCACAAUCGACACCACGGAAGGCGACCCGGCGACGGCAGUUGAGACUACUGCCGGGGCGGACAGAGUGGCGGAAGAGGAGGUGAGGACUCUGGCUUUGAGGUGCUUGAAGCAGAUCUUUUCUGUCGGUAUCGGGAGCACCAGAGGUCAGACUCGAUUGGCCACGGCCUUGACCCUCAAGUUUAUUGCCUCGAAGAGUCCGCCUCCGAUCACGGCCGAAACGGCGCGGCAAGGAAAUUGGGCCACGUCGUUGUUUGAAGCGAUUGCUCGAUGGACCCCCGUACAAGAUCGAUUUCUCAUCGUGGUUACGGCCAUGGAAACCCUCGUACGAAGCCCUAUUGUCGAAGGCGUCCUCGAGAAGCAACUGGUUCUCACUACAAUGAUCGACUGGCUUCUCAGUUCCUCGGUCAACUUGAUUGGAUUAAGUGUGAUGGAUGUUCUCCUUGGCUUCAUCCAGCAUAUGUUAUUGUUAUUGCAGCUUGGCGGACCUAAUGCUCGCAUCGUUUCACCACAUCAGAAGAAUACCCUCGGGAUAUAUCGAGAAGCAAAAGAAGCUUUUGACCCGACAUCCGUCUUGACCUCAGAUGAGAAAGACCGGGCGCCUUCGAAGGUCGAAUUGACUGCGUCGCCCGUGAGACAAGAAUUAUUGAUGAGUCUGGAAAAAUGUAUCGCCUCGCUUUCCAACCACAUCUACUACACGGAUCAAAUCAGCGACAUGCUCACAGCUAUCCUGGCACGCUUGAAACCAUCUCCCCAGUCAGACGUCCCCACAUCGGCGGCUGCUAUCAACGACCCAGCCGCCGCAACGAAAGCAAUCGCCGAGUCGGCAAGCAUCCAUGAGGACCCCAAUACGUCUGCAUUCUUCUCUUUUAAUACUGCCAGAAUUACGGCAGUACAAGUCAUCAAGGAAAUUUUGAUUCGUGCCAAUAGCAGACGGAGCGCUACAGGUGCCCCGAUCGAAGCACGUGCGCGGGUUGGUGUGCAGGUAUGGGAAGGCACGCAAUGGCUUCUCAAGGAUGAAGAAAGAGAAGUGAGAUUCGCAUACGUCGAUGCACUCAUCACCUGGCUCCAGCUGGAGACCAAUAAAAUGGACACGCUCCUUCCCAGUGAUGGGAAUCGAAAACAUUCGACGGGGAAAAAGAAUACAGCCCCAACGGGUGAGGCUAGCGUCGCUAAAAGGGCCGUCUCAAAUGCAUCUCGAAAAGAAUCCAAGCCUGCCAGGUCAAACUUUUUGGCCCUGCUACAUCUCGCCAUCUACGAUAGUAUCUUGGACGAUGCCGAAAAUGAGUCGAACAUUCUCCUAGCGUACCUGCUGUUGACCCAGUUGGUCGAUCGUCUAGGCGUCAAUGCGAUUCGGAGUGGGUUGCCCAUGAUGCUCCGACUUCAAGAAACGGCUUUGAAUGGCGAGGUUGUCUCAGCUCUAGGAAGAGUCAAUGUUGCCAGUGUAGUUCACGCUUACUUGUGGACCAUGGCUGAAAAGUUCGAUUUCGAAACCAGUACGGUCGGCCAUGAGAUCAAUGCCGAAAUAUCCCGACGGAAACGACUUGGAGUCUGGUGUGACCAGGUCAAGUUUCCCGCCUUAUCUGUUGGAGACAUUCAAAAAAUACCUGCCAUCAACGAAAAACCUCCUGAAUAUCCUGACGAAGCCGCCGAAACUAUCAAACCGUUUUUAUCGGUGUCGGAAUUUGUUGAUGAGAUCGCCACGGCUUAUGACACCUCACUCCUGACUCCGUCCACUUCAGCUCCUUCUUCACCGGGUCGAGUUUUCUCGGUGCCGACGCUGGGGUUUGGUUACGGGUAUGGAGUUGCUCCAGUGUCGAGACACGCCAGAGAAGAUCAGCUCCCGCAAAAAGUGAAAGACGAAAUGAGUGCUGGCUGGAGCAGGGAAGCAUGCAUCGCUGCUGUUGAGAAAGAAAGUGCAGCUUCCAUGACCGGCUCACGAACGGGUGCCUCGUCGGCCCUCAAGCACCACCUCAGCGUUAACGGUGUUCGCAAACAGGAUUCCGUUAGUGGCCGAGAAUCUCCCAUCACAGCCAACGGCAAUACGACUCCCACUUUUGGACUUCUCGCUGGAUUGGGGAGUCUGACCAAAGUCAGGGGAUCAAGUGCGAACGGAUCUCCUGCCAGGGUUCCCACCACGUCCAGCCGAGAUUCGACUAUGAGAGUGACUGAUCUCAAACGAGCGCUUUCAGGCCAUGCCGCAAGUGGCCGACGACCAAGUCCCUUGCGAAGACCUGUAGCAGGAUCAAGAAGAAGUAUAGGAAGUAGUGAGACUAGUAGCAUGAUCAGCUGGGAUGAUACGGACGAUCGCAAUCCUUCAUUUCUUGAUGUUCGGUCAACUGGAGUUCCGAAUGACUCAGUCAACCAUGUCGCGGACAAUACCUCUCGACCUCAAGGCACGGAGGCAACCGAACGGGCUUCUCAAGACUCAGGCGCGGCCCCGGCAGUCACCGCUGAUCCACGUAUCGAUGCGGAUGUGCCCCCUGUACCGAAAAUCCCGUCCACCCUCAAUCUUCCUGGGACGUGGCCCCGAGAUGCUUCCCCUCCUCGACCUGCAGAGCCCACGCUGAAGAAGACUCCUUCUCCUUCUUUAGAAGGUGGCAAUACUCCUCACGCAAAGCGGAUUACAAGUACUCCAUAUUCACCGUCCACACGAGAAAGGCAGGGCGUUCGAAAGAGCUCACGACCGACGAGCAGGAAAGGUCCAGUUUCCUCUUCACCAAAUGAAAAGUUGGAUUUGGACUCAUUACUGGCCGGGAUACCUUCUAGUGACAUGACUGAAGAGGUGGACAAAGAGAAUCGAGGCAGUCGCUUGAUUCGGCCUCCCUAUUAA